UUGUUUUGAAAUACACUAUAUUGUUUUCCGGGCAAAAUGUUUAAAAAGCUGAAACCAGGCGAAAGUGAGGAGGAUGUGCUGCGAAUGGCAGCUGAGUUUAAUGCGGAGAAAGCGAAAAAUCCAAAUUUCCAGCCUGCGGCGGCUUUUGUGCGGAUGGAUAAGGCUCCAAAGAAGUCUAUGUUUGCCCAAAAACGUGAACAAGCUAAACUGGGACGCAUUACCUCUGUCGUAGAAAACAAACCGGUAGAAAGUACGCCGGCGGCUAAAGUAAUCCAAGAACGACCAACAAGUGUCUUGAAAGAAAGCCAACCACAUGUUAACCAAGCUCUGCUGGACGAAAUUCAGGAAAAUAUUCUGGGAGAUGUAAAAGGCAGUAAACUGAAUCCAAGUUCUCUAGGCAAUGUAUUGGGUGAACUGGUAGAAAGAACUGAUGGAUCUAGAAAACCUGCAAACCACGAACCCAAACUGGUCAACAGCGGCAAACCUCUUAGCAUUUUUGCAAGACAACUUUUAGGAGCAAGUUCUCAAAAUCCUGAACAAUCAAGGACUCCUACAAAUGUUGCAGAACACGAUAGAAGUUCUAUUGUAAAAGAUGUAAGGCUCGGCAAAGAGCUACACGAAGAAAACCUAAAUGUACUUAACCAAAUGAGCGAAAGAGAUAUUAUGGCAGAAAAAGAAAAGUUGCUGGCUUCGUUGGAUCCUUCGUUGAUUGCUUUGCUGACCAAGAAACUUCAAUCUAGCCAAAAACCAGUGGAAAAAAAGACAUCUCCCAAGAUUAUUGAGGCACCACCACAGCGUCCGAAAGUCACACCAUCCUCAGAAACACAAGAUUCACCUAUUGCUACUCUACCGGAUUCAAAUCCAGCUCUUGAACUUCUACAACAGAGUGAUGCAGGCAAUUGGGUAAACUUCAACCUCGUGGAAGAACACAAACUAGCGUGGAUGCGGGACAUUCCCACCAAGUUAAGCGAAUUGAAGCCAGGACAGCAGUUUAAUGCACGCUUCGAUUGGAAAGGUGUGCUUCUACCACAUACUCUUAAGGAUCAAGAUUCAUCAACUCAACUAGAUGACCGAGAGCUGUAUUUGCACGGAGAAGAGGCAGACCGCCCGGGCUAUACACUUCAGGAGCUUUUCCGUUUGGCAAGGUCCACUGUCUUGCAGCAACGGAUCUCUGCUUUCGGUGCAAUAGCGGGAAUAUUUAGCAUCUAUAACCAGGGCUUCUACGAUCAAGUACUGUCCCUACCAAUAUCAAAAAUAUUCUUUCUACUACGAUUCGGGCUCGAUGAUAAUGCCCCCGCUCAACUUGAAGUUGUGAGCCGAGCUCUGGCCAACUUGUUUUAUAAUGAAACGGAUGAAGUGCUACUCGAUCACAUUCAGGAUAAUGCCUACUGCCACUGGCAACCAACGCUGCAGGUUUUGGGGAACGGCAGCGAUGAUAAAGAAGGAGAUACAGAUACCAAUUCGAUAGCUUUUCUACAACGCUACAUGAAGCUACUAACCACCAGUCAAUCUGUGCGAGCGGAAGUUAAUGAAGAUGAGUCGGAAAGUCGCAUGUCAAUGGAUGACUUUCAACUGGCGGAGACAGAUCUCAUAGAAUGUCUGCUUAGAACAAAUAUAUUGCAAAGGGUUCGGUUUAUUUUGGACUCAGUGAAACCAGACAACAGCACAGUGGAGUCCUGUUUGAAAUUGCUUAUACGAAUCGCCCGCACAAGUAUCAAAGUGGCUCGUCAAUUAACGAAUGAAAGCCAUCUUAUAGAAAUACUCUUUACGCAUUUUCUGCCCUCUUCCAACGGAAACAAUCAGUUUUAUGGUCAGCCUCAAGUUUUAUUUCUAAAAUUGAUACGGUUGUUGGUUUGCCAACAUCUGGAUUUAGCCAAGAUUCUUUCUAAAGGAGUUUUAAUUGUGCGCCUCCAACAAUACUUGUUCCUUCAGGAUACUAAGGUCCAGAUGGUGCGUGUUCAGAUCGAAGCACUGCGCAUCCUGCGCUGUCUGCUGCUCCUGGGAAUCGUGGAUCGGGAUAUUUUCAGGCAGUUCCUGCCCGCGCUUCGCCAGCUGCUGGAUUGGCAUGGAAAUCACUGUGCUUUCGAUGGAGUGGGCGGUUCGGGGCUGGUGCGACAACACGCAGCCGCCCUGUUGGUCGCACUGGUGGCAAGUGGCGAGAGCGGAGUGUGCGAUGUCGAGGGUCAGAAGCUGCUCGUGGAACCGCUGCACAAUUGCUGCUGCGGCUGGCUGCAUUCGGCGACGCGUGUCGAAAAGAUUAAAGAUUUUAGCCAGAUGACUCUUCUGAGUGCAUCCCUUUAUGCCGUCUCCUGGUUUUCUCGAAAUGGCUUUUUGGGAAUCACCAGCUUCCAGCCCUUUCUGCGCAGUAUUCUGCCGAAAUUUGUGCAGUCCAGUGGUUUCAUAGCAAGCGUGCAUGACUUGGCAAAGAGCUCUGUGAUGCUGCGACUCCCUCUUGAUCGGCGCCACGUGCAUGCAGCGUUGCCUAAUGUGGGCUCGGUGUUGAUGCACGACUACGGACCCCAGCUGAUUAUCAGUGAGUCGUACCCGGUGCACCUGUUAAGUAAUCUCUGGGCCCUGCUCGCUGUUUCGCUGGAAAAUGGCGAGAAGCCAUUGUUUGGGGCGCUUAUGCAACCGCCGGUUUUGGAGCCGCUCGCCGUGUAUCUGCGCCAGUUGAGCUCGAAACUUAAUCGGAUCCUGGCCACCAACUUUUUUGCCCGGAGCGAGUUGAGGUUCAUUCACCAGCUGCUUACCACAGACGGAAUGGAGACCUACUUGGAGCGCCAGCAGUUGUUGCAGUUGGUGUACAACUACCUCUGCUGCCUGUCCACCGCCCACGCCACGCAAAUCAAGAGCACCUUCGAGCGAUUCAUCUUCAAUGCAGAAUUCGUAAAACUGGACGAAGCUAGUUUAAAACUUUUGCAGCAAACCUGCCUGGAAAUGGUCUAUCCACACAUAAUAGCUGACAACUCAGAGCCGUCGUUAUCCUUGAGCUACACCCAAGCGCCCAUCCUGCCCGCCGACUGGCCCUUCUUCCAGCUGCGGCUUAUCCUUAGCAAUUACUUGCAAAAUGUGCAGCAGCGACCGGCGGCAAUAUACUCAGAGAACCAGGUGGUUCGCAUGACGUUGACUUUUGUGCGGCAACUGGAGCAAGAGGGCCUGCAGAUUGUUAGCCCUCUGGAGAAGCUCAUGUAUCUGAUGAUUGCCUUCAUGGGUCCUGACUCACAAUUCCUUACGCCGGAUUUGCAUGAGCUGCUGCGCGAUAUCCUAAUGGAUUUCUACGCGCAGAACGCCGACCAUGACUUUGACUUUGAUGCGGAGCUGGUCGAUAAGGCUAGGUUCGAGCCGCUGUACUAUCUGUUUGUCGAACACUUUGAGGCGGCCAGCUAUGGCGAUGAGUUGUUUAGCUCACUGGUGCUAUUGCCCUUGGCCCAAAAAUACAAUAACAAGUGGCGAAGGCGUCUUUGGUCCGAACACGUGCAAGCUGUGCGGUUUAUAAAUUGCGAUGAGAAUUUGCUGAUGGGCGGUUUGUCUGCUUAUUUGGAGCCCGUGGAAGAGGAGCCUUCGCUGGUGAAGCUAUACGGUGAUGCAUUGGAAGAACAGCUAGUUCGUCCUGGCAGCAUUGCCUAUCGGAUAGCCAAGCACCACUUCAACCAAUCGACGGCAGUGCAAAAAGCCAAAUUGUUUUGACUAUCUGAACACUAAUUGCUGAUAGUCCUAGUAGUUCUUCAGUUGCUGUGGUAAAACUGCGAUAAAGAUAUUUAACUUUAGAA